UGUCCUCUACCCCAAAUCUUCCACCUCCCCUGCAACUCCACCAGCAAACUCCGAGAUAACUCCAGAUUUCGCAGGACUAGACAGCCGCUCCCUCCCCUGUCACCUUAACUGCGUGCGCCAAGGGGCGCCUUUGGAGUGUACUGAGGUGUGUCCUAAUCGUCCGGCAUUCAACAAAUGGACUUCUGGUGUGUGGUCAGAAGAGAAAAGCCAUUUGCUUACUUUCCUCCCCGUUUUCUGGCAACAGCUGAGGGGAGCUGCCUCCUGGGACUGAGCAGACCCUGGAGAAGGAAUCGCGGUGUGGAGACACACGCAUCACACACAGAUAACCAGUGGAACACAUCGACACACGCUGACACACGGCAUCGCUGGCGAGGACACAUACACACGACUCUUCCCCAGCAUUGGUCAACUUCCUCCACCCCAGGCCUCCACCACCCCUCCUCCCCUCUCAUCUCCCCCUCGAGUCCCCUCCUCUCAGGCUCCUGGAAAAGCAGCCGCACUUAGUCAACAAAUGGCACGUGGGAGAAGUUGGGAUCUGAGAAUUGCUCUCACAUACCAAACCAGCAGCGUCCGUGGAGAAAACUCUCACCAGCAACUCCUUUAAAACACCGUCAUUGCAAACCAUUGUGGUCUUUAAGCAACAACAACAACAACAAAACCCCAACCAACCAAAACUCUUGACAGGAGCUUUGACGAGAGAGGAUGCCUCAUAAAGGGGGAAGACUUUAACUAGGGUUGCGCAGAUGUGUGAGACCUUUUAUUGUAAGAGUGGACAGACAUCCCAGAAUUCAGAGCCCCAUAUUGGAACCCCGUGGGAUCCCAGGGCCCCCAGCCAGCGCCAGCAUGCAGAACAGUCACAGCGGAGUGAAUCAGCUCGGUGGUGUCUUUGUCAACGGGCGGCCACUGCCGGACUCCACCCGGCAGAAGAUCGUAGAGCUAGCUCACAGCGGGGCCCGGCCGUGCGACAUUUCCCGAAUUCUGCAGACCCAUGCAGAUGCAAAAGUCCAAGUGCUGGACAAUCAAAACGUGUCCAACGGAUGUGUGAGUAAAAUUCUGGGCAGGUAUUACGAGACUGGCUCCAUCAGACCCAGGGCAAUCGGUGGUAGUAAACCGAGAGUAGCGACUCCAGAAGUUGUAAGCAAAAUAGCCCAGUAUAAGCGGGAGUGCCCGUCCAUCUUUGCUUGGGAAAUCCGAGACAGAUUAUUGUCCGAGGGGGUCUGUACCAACGAUAACAUACCAAGUGUGUCAUCAAUAAACAGAGUUCUUCGCAACCUGGCUAGCGAAAAGCAACAGAUGGGUGCAGACGGCAUGUAUGAUAAGCUAAGGAUGUUGAAUGGGCAGACCGGAAGCUGGGGCACCCGCCCGGGUUGGUAUCCGGGGACUUCUGUGCCAGGGCAACCUACGCAAGAUGGCUGCCAGCAACAGGAAGGAGGGGGAGAGAAUACCAACUCCAUCAGCUCCAACGGAGAAGAUUCAGAUGAGGCCCAAAUGCGACUUCAGCUAAAGCGGAAACUGCAGAGAAACAGAACAUCCUUUACCCAAGAGCAAAUUGAGGCCCUGGAGAAAGAGUUUGAGAGAACCCAUUAUCCAGAUGUGUUUGCCCGAGAAAGACUAGCGGCCAAAAUCGAUCUACCUGAAGCAAGAAUACAGGUAUGGUUUUCUAAUCGGAGGGCCAAAUGGAGAAGAGAAGAAAAACUGAGGAACCAGAGAAGACAGGCCAGCAACACACCCAGUCACAUCCCCAUCAGCAGUAGUUUCAGCACCAGUGUCUACCAGCCGAUCCCACAACCCACCACGCCUGUUUCCUCCUUCACGUCCGGCUCCAUGUUGGGCCGGACAGACACAGCCCUCACAAACACAUACAGCGCUCUGCCGCCCAUGCCCAGCUUCACCAUGGCGAAUAACCUGCCUAUGCAACCCCCGGUCCCCAGCCAGACCUCCUCGUACUCCUGCAUGCUGCCCACCAGCCCUUCGGUGAACGGGCGGAGUUACGACACCUACACCCCCCCACAUAUGCAGACACACAUGAACAGUCAGCCGAUGGGGACCUCGGGCACCACUUCCACAGGACUCAUUUCCCCUGGUGUGUCAGUUCCAGUUCAAGUUCCUGGAAGUGAACCUGAUAUGUCUCAGUAUUGGCCAAGAUUACAGUAAAAAAAAAAAAAAAAAAAAAAAAAAAAAAAAAAGGAUAUAUUGUGUUAAUUCAGUCAGUGACUGUGGACACAACAGUUGGGCGUUCAGGAAGGAAAGAGAAAUGGCUGUUAGAAGCACUUCAGUUCUGCAAUUGUGUCCUGUAUUGUACCACUGGGGAAUGGACUUGAAACAAGGACCUUUGUACACAGAAGGCACGGUAUCAGUUGGAACAAAUCUUCAUUUUGGUAUCCAAACUUUUAUUCAUUUUGGUGUAUUAUUUGUAAAUGGGCAUUUGUAUGUUAUGAAAAAAAGAACAACGUAGA